GAGUGAGUGAGAGAGAGAGAGAGAGAGAGAGAGAGACGCGUCUCAAAACUCAGGACCAGUAGCAUGAAAACACUCUGUUAUAACGUUUCGCUAUUCCCUUUCAAACAUUCAUUUAACAGUUCGAUUCAUCUUAAUGAUUUCCCGUCGAAACGCCCCUGAAGAAAAAGUUUGACAAGCGGAAGUUCGCGCGGUAGGAAAUCGGAAAAAGUCUAAAGAUUUGUGAAAUAUUUAUCCGUUAUCUUGCUGUGCAGCGGUAGAGUGUUUGAAAAAUGGACACUCACGUUAAGGAGGGACAACUGUACGUCCAGCAUCAGAAGUUUGGAAAGAAAUGGAAGAAGAACUGGUUCGUACUGUUCCCAGCCAGUCAAAACGGCAUCGCAAGGCUUGAAUUUUAUGAUUGCUCGGGCAGCGCCAGUGAUAAACCCAGCACUAAGAAAAUGGACAAGAAGAUAAUCCGUCUGUCAGAAUGCAUCAGCAUACUGCCUGCUGUCACUGAAACCUGCCCCAAAGAAAACAUGGCUGCCUUCUAUGUGGAGACCAAUGAAAAGACGUACAUCUUUGCAGCUGAGAAAUAUAUUACCAAUGAGUGGGUGGAGAAGAUGUGUGAGAUUGCUUUUCAGGGAGGAAGUGGUUCUCUUAGUAGUUUUGACUCAAAUGGACAGCAAGAGCUACAAAUGGCAGAAAAUCUAAUUUAUUACUCCAGAGAGGAAGUAAAUGAAUUUUGGGUGAGUGUCCAGAGGACAGAAGCAUCAGAGCGCUGUGGUCUAUCUGGUAAUUACUGGCUUAGAGCUAAUGUGGAUAACCUUAUUCUGAAGGACCCCAAGACUAAAAAGGAUUUAUUCAUAUGGCCAUACAAACUUCUCCGUCGCUAUGGAAGAGACCGAGUGAUGUUCUCUUUUGAAGCUGGGCGACGCUGUGAAUCUGGGCCGGGGAACUUCACCUUUGAGACAAAGCAGGGGAAUGAGAUAUUUCACAUGGUUGAGGAAUCCAUUCGGGAGCAGAAAGCCCAAGCUGAAGAACGACAUCAAAGCUUUCCAUCAUUAGACUCUGACUGCCCAGCUCUCCAGCAGAUCCGUGCUGCCAUCUCGGAAGCAAACAGUCGUGAACCAGAUGGAGAUUCUGGUGGUAGCAAGCCUGGGUCUGCGGAUGGUGUCUUUGGUCGAAAGGACAAUGAUGGGAAAAACAUAAAGGGCCGAAGCCUUCCAGAGCCGCCACCUCCAGUUAGUGGGACCCCUCCACGGUCUCCCAUGCCUCGUGGGUCCAAAAAUCUGUUAGAGGACCAAGGGAGUCUGUACUCGGAGCCUGCUGACUCGGUCCGUGCGCCGCCCAGUCUAGGGGACUGUUUGUACUCAGACCCGGUGGACAGUAUCAAAGUCAUACCCACUCCUAACCCCCGCCUCAGGCCGACUGGCGAAGAGGGGGGUAGCCGCCACUCAGGAAUCAAGCCUGAGCCGUUCUACUCAGACAUCUAUGAUCAUAUCAGUCUGGACUUGGUGCAAAGUACAAUGGCAUUGGGACUCGAUGGGCGAAACAGACACCCUGCAGAUGGAGGUCCAACAGAGCACAUCUAUGAUGAGCCAGAGGGACGAGCCAGAUCUACAAUUCCUAUCAUCACGCUUUAUGAUGAAGCACGUUCGGAAGUGCAUCCCUGGAAAACCAGGGGAAUGGAAGAGCCUCAAGGUCAGGAGGUGGCUCAACAACCGCCGCCACUUCCCAGACCAAAAGGCCCCAAACCUAUCACAGCACCAAAACCAAGCAAAGUAGCAUUGCCCAAGAAAGACCCUCAUCCACUGCCUCAAAAUAAAGGCAGUGCUAACCUGAACAACAACAACAGUAGCAACAGCCAUGACAGCACGGAAGUUGGUAGAAGAGGUGCAGGUGCUGGAAACAACAUGGACCUGUAUAACAAAGUAUCUAGACAUCAACCACCUCCAAAUGCGUGGUAUCCAACCAUGCAGUCUCCAGACAUCAUCUACGACAACUUAGGAGACAUUUGACUUCACCUUUGUCGACAUUUAAGCAGUCA